AUGGAGUUGAGCAGCAAGAAGAAGCUGCAUGCCCUGUCCCUGGCUGAGAAGAUCCAGGUGCUGGAGCUCCUGGAUGAGUCCAAGAUGUCCCAGUCGGAGGUGGCCCGGCGCUUCCAGGUCUCCCAGCCCCAGAUCUCACGCAUCUGCAAGAACAAGGAGAAGCUGCUGGCAGACUGGUGCAGCGGCACCGCCAACAGGCAGCGCAAGCGCAAGCGGGAGUCCAAGUACAGCGGCAUGGACGAGGCUCUGCUCUGCUGGUACCACAUCGCCCGGGCCGAGGCCUGGGACGUGACGGGGCCCAUGCUGCUCCACAAGGCCAAGGAGCUGGCCCACAUCAUGGGCCAGGACUUUGUGCCCAGCAUCGGCUGGCUGGUCCGCUGGAAACGCCGGAACAACGUGGGCUUCGGGGCUCGCCAUGUCCUCGCACCUCCGUUUCCCCCUGAGCCACCUCCUCCUUCAGGCCUCACGUCCCAGACCCAGCUGCCUCUUUCCCUUAAAGACUUCUCCCCAGAGGACGUUUUUGGCUAUGCCGAAGUGCCCUUGCUGUAUCGGGCAGUGCCUGGCAGAGUGGGGGCAGGUGAUCGAGUACAGGUGCUGCUGUGUGCCAACGCCAGGGGCACAGAGAAGCGACGGGUACUGGUCAGUGGGCUCCAAGCUGCACCAAGGUGCUUCUUUGGGGUCAGCAGCGAGGUUCUUCCUGCCUCCUACCACCCUGACCUGGGCAUCCCCUGGUCAGAGUGGUUGGCACAGUUUGACCGGGACAUGGGGAGGCGGGGCCGACAGGUAGCCUUGCUGCUGGCUGCCCAAACGGCGGAGAAGUUGGCAGGCCUGUCUGGGCUCUGCCAUGUGAGGCUCCUGCCUCUUUCUACCGCCAGCACCGCACGUUCCCUGCCCAGCUCUGUGGUCCGGGCCUUCAAGGCCCAUUACCGGCACCGUCUGCUGGGCAAGCUGGCAGCUGUCCGGAGCGAGAGGGCCGGCACUUCGCUGGCUGAGGCCGGGGCAGGCAUCACCGCGCUGGACACUCUGCACAUGGUGGCGGCUGCCUGGGCCAAGGUGCCUCCCCCGACCAUCGUGAGCAGCUUCUCUCAGGAAGGGCUGGCUCCCUGCAGAACGCACCCUCUGUCCCCGGACGAAGCCUCUGCGAUGCCACCCGUGCCCUGCGGCCUGAGCCCCGAGGAGUUCUCCCGCUUUGUGGACCUGGAGGGUGAGGAGCCCGUGUCCGGAGUGUGCAAAGAGGAGGUGGACACUGAAGAUGAGGGGCCUGGUGAGGGCGGCUUCGAGCGCCUGCCCACCAAAGCUGACGCCCUCCGGGCCCUGGGCACGCUGAGGCGGUGGUUUGAGUGCAACGGGACCUCCCCGGAGCUGUUUGAAAAGUUCUAUGCCUGCGAGGAGGAGGCGGAGCGGCUCUGCUGCCUGUAA